AUGAGCGGAAAACCGUCAAAUAGGUUGUUUUACUUAUCAAUACCCUCAAGCAUCUUUGUGGAUGUGGUGAGAUGCGUGAGUGUUAAAGCUUCUUCAAAGAAUGGGUGGACAAGAGUCAUUGUUGAAAAGCCAUUUGGUCGUGACUCAGAGUCAUCUGGGGAGCUGACCACAUGUCUAAAGCAGUACUUAACGGAGGACCAAAUAUUCCGGAUUGAUCAUUACUUGGGCAAGGAGCUUGUUGAGAAGAAUUACACACGUAAUGUUCAAUUCAUAUUUUCUGAAGAUUUCGGUAUAGAAGGAAGAGGAGGGUACUUUGACAACUACGGAAUCAUCCGAGACAUAAUGCAAAAUCAUCUCCUGCAAAUAUUAGCACUAUUUGCAAUGGAAACACCUGUCAGCUUGGAUGCCGAGGACAUUAGGAAUGAAAUGGUAAAGGUUUUAAGGUCAAUGAGACCACUGCAGCUUGAAGAUGUGAUUGUAGGCCAAUACAAGGGCCACAGCAAGGGCAGUAAAUCAUAUCCAGGAUACACAGACGACCCAACUGUGCCAAAGGACAGUCUUACUCCAACUUUUGCAGCAGCGGCACUCUUUAUUAAUAACGGCCGAUGGGACCUGGUCCCUUUCCUGAUGAAAGCCGGGAAAGCUCUUCAUACUAUAAGGGCAGAGAUCAGAGUCCAGUUCAGACAUGUCCCUGGUAACUUGUACAAGCGGAACUUUAGAACUGAUAUGGAUAAGGCUACAAAUGAACUAGUGCUUCGUGUACAACCGGAUGAAGCCAUAUACCUGAAGAUUAACAACAAGGUUCCUGGCCUUGGAAUGAGACUGGACCGCAGUGACCUUAAUUUGCUUUACAGUGCGAGAAGUGAUGAGCUCGAUGCAGCUUGGUCUCUAUUCACACCAUUGUUGAAAGAAUUGGAAGGGAAGAAGAUUGCACCAGAGCUCUAUCCUUACAGAAGUAGAGGACCAGUCGGGGCACAUUAUCUUGCUGCAAAGCACAAUGUUAGAUGGGGAGAUCUUAGUGGUGAGGACUGA